AUGUCUGUCUUCGGGUUCUGCCCUGUAUCCUCGCUUCCUUUCCACAAGCUUAACAGGCUGAUAUACUUCAUCCAUGAUUUCUCAAUAAUUGAGUCAGUUGUUCUGUUAGCCAUGGCCCUUGACUGCUUUGUAGCAAUCCGAGAACCCCUGUGCUAUGUGACCAUUUUAACUACUGAUGUGAUCACUGGGAUUGGGUUGUCAAUAGCUGGAAGAGCCUUAGCCCUGGUAUUUCCGGCUUCCUUCCUUUUGAAGAGACUCCAAUAUCAUACAGUCAGUGUUCUUUCCUACCCCUUCUGCCUUCAUCAGGACCUCAUAAAGACAAAAGUGUCCAGCCAUCAUGUGAGCAGUAUCUAUGGCCACAUGGUGGUCAUCUGCUCCAUGGGACUUGAUUCAGUGCUUCUCCUCCUGUCCUAUCUCCUCAUCCUAAGCACAGUGUUGAGUAUAGUCUCCAAAGCAGAGAGAGUGAGAGCACACAGUACUUGCAUUUCCCACCUCUGUGCAGUGCUCAGCUUCUACACACCCAUAAUUGUGCUCUCUAUGAUCCACCACUAUGGGCAGAGUGUGUCUCCGGUUGUCCAUGUGCUCAUGGCCAAUGUAUACUUGCUGGUGCCACCUCUCAUGAACCCUAUUGUCUAUAGUGUAAAGACCAAGCAGAUUCAUGACAGAAUCCUCAAGAAAUUCAAGAACCAUGAAGUUUAA